CUAAUCGGCGUUUUGGCUGACGGGCUUUAUUUUCCAGGUCAUACUCGUAGCCAAAUAUCGGUUCCUAGAGAGUGAAUCGUCUGUGAAACCCAUGUCGCAGCCACCGGCUGAGCCUGGCAAGGAGGGCAUGGUGAAGAUGUUCAUGCUUCGAGUCACGUCGAAACUGAAGCUCAAGCUCGAGGACUUCUCGGCCCCCGUCGACCCCGGAUGCAGCCUCCAAGAGUUCCGUAACCUCCUGGAGAAUGUUGCUCAGCCUUAUCUUAAGGCUGCCAUCUCGAGUCGUGAACUAGUUGAACUAGACAGCGACGAUGACGCGGACGACCCCUCACCAAAACUAGACGACAGCGAGAUCGACCAGUUUUGGAUUCGAGAUAUGGCACUUAGCCGGGAGCAGCGGCAAAGCUGGUCUUACCGGUUGUCGGAGCAGCCUACUGCCGACGGACGGACCAAGAUCCUCACCGAUUGGCUGCCUAUCGACACAGAGGAGCGAUACAAAAAGAUGGUUUCCUCGGUUAAGGAGAGCCAUGUAUCCGCCGUGCUCAUUCGAACUGGCAAGAUAUACGAUGCUAAGUAUGCGGCCGGAAGACGUAACCGGGCUGAAAGCGAGCAGCCGGGCCGAGACGGCGUCCCACAACAGGCGCAUUUGGGACAGCCGGCUACCCCCAAUUCCACCUCGUCGUGCCGGGAUGCAGAAAAUGAUGCGGGCAAGCACUUGGAUUCUCUCAAAGGGGCACUGGUAGAGGCUCUCUCCUCUCUGGGAGAGCUCUAAGGUCACUUUAUCUGCGGCAUUCGGAUAGGAAUUGGUGGCAACGUAGGUAUGCAAGAGACGGUUGCAUGUACCUAGCACUCGUAUACUACCUAGGUAUAGCAACACCUUAGGCACCUAAGGUAGAGGCCCAUAGAUGAAGGCUAAGGGGGGUGGCAACGGUAGGCACCUAUGUAGUCGAGUAAGGUAAUGU